AUGAAAAAGUGGAUUCAGAACACGCUCGCUGCUCACUGCAAUGAACUUGUUUCUCUUCUCUCCAGGUUUGUUGACCGAGGAAAGGGGAUACUACAAUCUUAUCAAAUCAUAGACGAGCUGGAAAAAGUGAUUCAAGAGGAUGAAGGAUUGCAGAAGCUCAAGGAUAGCCCCUUCAGCAAAGUCUUACAGUCUGCCCAGGAAGCAAUUGUUCUACCUCCUUUCGUUGCUCUUGCAUUUCGUCCAAGACCUGGUGUUUGGGAAUAUGUUCGAGUCAAUGUGUAUGAACUCAGUGUGGAUCAUUUGACUGUUGCAGAAUAUCUUAAGUUCAAGGAAGAACUUAUAGAUGGAGAGUGCAAUGACAACUAUGUGCUUGAACUUGAUUUCGAGCCAUUUAAUGCAGCAUUCCCUCGACCAACCCGGUCAUCAUCAAUUGGAAAUGGGGUUCAAUACCUUAACCGUCACUUAUCCUCAAUUAUGUUCAGUAAAAAAGAAAGUUUGGAGCCUCUUCUGGAUUUCCUUCGUACGCACAAACAUGAUGGCCAUGUGAAGUCCAUCUCGCUGGCUGUUGAUGAGCAGCAUUGA